UAUGCUACAUGUUGAUUUAUCAUUUGGACGACGUGGCCGGUACACCCCUGGACAUAUUGGCAAUGGUAUCUUGGGCAGUACAGGCCGUAAUGCAACUGGGCGUCGUUUCCAUUGGGGCAUUAGUUAACGAUCAGGCACAUUCCCCACUGUUGGAGCUCAACGAGGCUCAGUUGGACAUCAUACCCGAUAACCAGUUGAUUCCGUUUCAGAUGUUCCUGAACAAGCUAAGUGUAACUCCAAUAGGAUUUAGUGCACUGGGGAUGUUUACCAUAGAUAAACCUACUAUUUUGACGAUAAUCGGCAUGUUCCUGACUUAUUUCUUUCUGAUGAUCCAGUUUAAACCAUCUGAUGUCACUGUGCCCUGUGCUGGGAAUUUUACGGUCACUUGAACAGAAAUAAGAAAUACCAAUACUACAUGUAUAUUAAUGAGACUCACAAAAAAUGGAAAGCCAAGAGACGUAUAAAUGAUAA